CGGAGCUUGCCUUGUUGUCAUGUGAUGUAGCCAAAAUGGCGGACGUAAACGGUGAACAAGUGCCCACAGAAAACAAUGAAGAUGUUGUGGAGCCAGAGAUAAAGGAAUCGACGCACUAUAUGUUUGAAGAUGGACAGUUAUCCUGUCUUGGCCAAGAUGUUGAAGAAAUUCCACAAGCUGCUAUAGAUGAUUAUGCCAAAGUGACAAGGAGAUUAGAUCUCAGUUUUAACAGAUUACAGAGACUAGAUGGACUGGAACAUUUUUCAGGUCUUGAAGAACUGGUGCUUGACAACAAUGAACUCAAUGAUAAUAUGAAGUUUCCCAAGCUGUCAUCACUGCACACACUAACAGUAAACAAGAAUAAGAUUACCAACCUAGAUGGGCUUCUAGAUAACUUAAAAUCUCAGCUUCCACAACUGACCUACCUGAGUCUCCUUGGUAACACAGCUUGUCCAAACCAGCUCUCCUGCUCCGAUAAGGAUGAAGAGGACUAUCAGAGAUACAGGUUCUUUGUGCUGUAUCAGCUUCCCGGACUCAAGUUCCUGGACUCCACAGCUGUCAAAUCAAGUGAAAUAACAGAAGCAGAGAGAGUGGGGCCUUUCAUGAGGGUUGUCAGGCUGCAGAACUCACAGGAGGUCCGUACAAUACUGUUGAAGUUGGUAGUGGGGAAAGCCCUGGGCUCCUCCUCGCCUGAUGAUGAUCAGUCUGGCUACACUCCUCUACCACAGAAGGCCCGGGACCCAGACCAACAUGCAGGAACCUUUGGAAAGAGCAAGUAUAUAUAUUAUGGUCGCCACUCGGAAGGAAACAGGUUCAUAAGGAAUAAUGACCUCUGACCUUCCACCUGGACAUGUUGGGACCAUACCGACAGUGAAUCAGUGGCUCAAGUAUUGAUUACAGCGUUGUAAUCAGGAGUGACAUGAACAUUCUAUUGAUCAGAGACAGCAUGUCAGUAUAUGGUCUUCAGACUGAUUGACAUGUCAAAUUUCUGCAGAUGCUGUAAUGAGUCUGUGACCAAUGUAUGCAGGUGUGCACAGGUUUUAAUAAGUUACAGUUACAGUUUGUUUUAUUGUUUGUCCGGGGUGUCAGUGUUCUGUGAUGUAGCACUACUCUGCAGUGUACACACAACAAUAGCACCCUUGAUAAUACUCAUAUUUAUGU